CGCUGUCAGCAGCACCUGUGGGACUUGCUCCGUUCAGCCGUGUCUGGAGCUGCGAACCAGGUUCCCACCACCUGCACUUCACCGCAGAAGGUCCACUUCUGACAUCCGACAUGAAGACGGAAAAGGAGGCCGGUGACAUGACCGGGGUGACAGUGAACCGCUUUGCAGAAGAGGCUCCACCUGCCGGAAUGUCCACAAAUGGAUACUUCUUCCAGGAGAUGGAGCUGCAAAAGAGCACUCCUGAGGACAGCUGUGAGGGAAGAGAAGAGGGACAGGACUCACCCAUUGCCUGUGAGGACAACAUCCACCUCUAUGCCAACACCCAAGUCCAGACAGGGGGCGCUGAUCCAGAUGUUUCGGGAUGUGUACUGCUGAACACAUCAAGAAAGUACGUGAAGCUCAUGAAUUUCGAGGAGGAGAUCCGGGCUCAUCGUGACCUGGAUGGGUUCUUGGCUCGUGCCAGUAUCCUGCUGGAUGAGACUGCUGCCUCGCUGGACGAUGUGCUGAAGAAGAUGCUUCAUUACGUGGGUCAGGAGAGCCACACCUCUGAGCCUGGGUGCAAUUUUGAGGAAGUUAUGAGCCAUCUGUUUACGGACGCUGGCGCCCAGGAGGUCAAUGUCCACCUGCUGUCGGAGACCAUCCAGGGCGUGACUGCUACAGCCACAGGCAUCCAGUACCAGCAGUCCUGGCUUUGCAUUCUCUGCAGUGUAAAGAGCCUUCAAAGGCGACAUGUCUGCAUCUCUAGACUGGAAAGACCUCAGAACUGGGGAGAGAACUGCUGUGAAGUCCGAUAUAUCAUUCUCAUCCUGGCUCCUUACAAAAUGAAAAGCACCAAGACGGCCAUGGAGCUGGGGCGCACCUUUGCCACCAUGUUCUCCGACAUCUCCUUCAGGCAGAAGCUGCUGGAGACCAAGACGCAGGAGGAGUUUAAGGAAGCCCUGGUGCAGCAGCGUCACCGGCUCACUUGCGACAACCAUCAGCCUGCCACCACGCAGGAGGAGACGGACCCUCACAGGCACAAGCCCCUCACGUACAGGGACUUCCUGAGGGCUGGCAGGGGUAUUUAUGAAGACUUCUGUCGACGGCUGCCUCUUUAUACCUCUGACUUCACAGACGGAGUUGUUGGGAACAACAAGACACUUCUGAAAUAUACCACCACUGCCAUCUUUCUGUAUAUCGCCAUCCUGCUCCCAGCCAUCGCCUUCGGGUCUCUGAAUGAUGAGAGCACACGGGGGGAGAUUGACGUAUGGAAGACCAUUAUCGGACAAAGCAUUGGAGGCAUCAUCUAUUCUCUGUUUGCUGGGUCCCCACUGGUCAUCCCGCUGACCACAGCCCCCCUCGCCAUUUUCAUCAGCGUUAUCAGGGAGAUCUGUGAUGAGUAUAACUUGAACUUCCCUGCCUUCUACGCCUGCAUUGGCCUGUGGAACAGCUUCUUCCUCAUUCUUGGAGGCAUCUUCAAUGCCAGCCUGCUGAUGAAGCUCUUCAAACGAUCCACAGAAGAGGUCAUAGCACUUUUCAUUUCUGUUGCCUUUUUGGGGGAUGCUGUGAAAGGCACCUUCAAAAUCUUCCACAAGUAUUACCAUGCCCCCUGGCUGCUACUGAACGGGAGCACUGUGAGGGUGCCUGGACUGUCACCCUGGAACCAGAGUGAGAGCGUGGCACUGGAGGACCUCGUUAUCCUGUGCUCCCGCGAGAGGCCAGUGCUGUGCCUGCUGCUCAUGCUGGGGACCCUGUGGCUCGGCUACACCCUGUACCAGUUCAAGAGGAGCCCCUUCCUGCAUGCCAAAGUGAGAGAGGUGCUGUCGGACUGUGCUCUCCCCAUCUCUGUGCUCAUCUUCUCCUUCGUGGGUUCAUAUCUGUUCAUCGAUAUUGACCUUCCAGUCUUUAAUUUCCAUGAGGGGAACCUAUUCAACGUGGCUCCUUUCAGCCUCCUCUCUCCCAUGUCUGUGCUAAGUGCCAUGGGGCUGGGCUUUCUCCUGGCGCUGCUCAUCUUCAUUGACCAGAACAUCGUGGUGUCGCUCACCAAUGCCCCCGAGAACAGGCUCCUAAAGGGCACAGCCUACCACUGGGACCUGAUGCUGUCCGGCUUCAUCAACAUCCUGAUGUCAGUGCUGGGGCUGCCCUGGAUGCACGCAGCCUUCCCCCACUCCACACUGCACGUGCGUCAGCUGGCCUACGUGGAGCAGCGUGUGGAGGGGGGCCACCUGUAUGAGACGAUCGUCAGUGUGAUGGAGACUCGCCUGACCUCUCUUGCUGCCAACAUCCUGAUUGGUGUGUCAGUGUUCCUGCUGCCAGUCCCACUGCAGUGGAUCCCCAAGCCUGUCCUGUAUGGCCUCUUCCUGUACAUUGCCCUCACCUCCAUUGAUGGUAACCAGCUGUGUGACCGCAUGGCCCUCCUCCUCAAGGAGCAGACCUCCUACCCGCCCACCCACUAUAUCCGCAAGGUGCCCCAGAGGAAGAUCCACUACUUCACGGGGCUGCAGAUGCUGCAGUUGCUGGUGCUGUGUGCCUUUGGGAUGUACCCCCUGCCCUACAUGAAGAUGAUCUUCCCUCUCUUCAUGAUCCUUCUCAUCCCCAUCAGAAAGCUGGCUGAAUGGACCUUGGAGCCCUCUGGAAGGAAUUAGAGAAAGAUACAUCACCUGCUCCUACGUGGGAUUGAACCCAGGGCCUUCUGGUCAGGAUCUAAACACCCUUGCCAUCUGACCUACCACGGCUCCAUAUGCGGCUCUACAUAGUUUAAAAUAAUGUGGUAUUCUGUUGACUUUGCACUUUCUCUCCAUAUUGUUACUGGCUUUCUCCUAAAGAUGUGCUGUAUACUGUAGGUUAAUGGGCAGCCCUUAGUUGUAAUCUCCCUUGAACCCAUUGCCUGCACUAAACUAAGUGGUACAGUAAUUGAAAACAGACAAAUGUUCUAGAAAACAGCUGUCCCAGUGAAGCCUGACUAAGUUCCUUCUCCGGUUCUUCU